AUGGAUGAAAUGGAAAUGUUAAACUCCGUACCAUUUGAAAGUUUUUUUAGAACUGAAAUUCGGAUAUUGCGGUACAUGGGGUUGUCAUAUUUCAAUCGCGUGUUUUCAAACAAAGAAGAAAAUGAAAAAUGGUGGGAAAAAAUAACUCCAUUAUUUGGUAUUUUAAUAAUGAGCUUAUUGAUAUCUAUGGAAAUAAUGAAAAUUAUACGCGUUAUAUCUAUCAGUAUUACUCUUGCUGCUGGAAUAUUUACAGCAAUGCUUUCGGGUAUGCUUUGUACAUUCAAGGCAGUCAGAUGCUGGACACAUCGAAAAGAACUUUUUGAUUUUAUACGACAGCUUAAAGUUUUUUGGGAUACUGCAUCUUCAAAUAAAUUGAUAACAAAAAAUGAAUUAAAGAGUGCACUUUAUGCUAGAUCAUUAAGGAACUAUGUGAUAGUUUUGGUGUUUGCAUUAGCAUUUAGUUAUGCUUUUCCAGUUUAUGUCGGAAUUUGCAAACACUUUCUCUACCAUCGUGAUGAAUAUUUUUUCACUUUCUCAAGAAUAAUGUACCCAGUAAAAUAUCCGUUUACCAUUAACUCAUUUUCGAGAUAUUUUAUGUGUCUCUUUUUUGAACAAGUAUCAGAAAUUUUAGCUAUCGUUUAUUGGCUUUGUGGAGACAUAUUGUUCAUCCAAUUGACAACACACGUUAGCAUUCAAUGCGAGAUAUUGGUUAAUAGGUUACAUGAUCUUAAUAAAGAUAAUUCUUCUGACGAUGAAGGAAGUCGUCGAUAUUUCGUAGAUAUUGUUUUACAGCAUAAUCAAUUGUUUUCACAUUGCCAAUGGCUCCAGAGAUUUUUUAGCCCGAUUGCUUUCUUUGUUACAUUAAUCAAUGGACUCAAUCUUUGUUUUUCUUUGUAUCGUGUAGAUCAACAAGUCAGUCAAGGUAAUUGGAGUCAUCUUAUCGAAAAUACGAUACAUUUAAUAAAUGUUUUUGGACAGACAAUUUUGUAUUGCAUGCACGCUGAUUUGUUAACUGAAAAACUAGGUGAAGUUAAUAACGCAAUUUAUUAUUCUAAUUGGGUUCAAUCCAAUAAAAAAUUAAAAAUGAUGGUUUUAAUGAUAAUGAGACGAGCCCAAAAAGAAUAUCGUUUUACAGUUUAUGGAAUUAUUACUCUUAAUCUCCGUCAAUUUACGAAGAUUGUGAAUACAGCGAUGAGUUAUUUUACAUUAUUGAGGAGUUUUGGUUAA